CCGGAAAAUGUGCGGAUGCAAGGACACAUAGUCUACAGUAGAUGUAGAUUAUGACAAGCUCUCCCAGUAAAAAAAACGUUAAAGUUUGGGCCAAGUCCACGGCACCUCUUCCUAAAACUGUAACCGAGCUUCACAAAUUACAAAUAGAGACGAUGAUGAAGAACAUUGACAAACCCAUUCGCAUUCAGAAAAUAUUGCCUAAAAAUUUAAGUUUUUCAGAACCUAAAGAAUUCUUUCGAAAUGUUUCAGGCUCUAGUGCUGGUGCGGGUAGCGGUGAGUUCCAUGUUUUCCGUUCUACGAGGCAAAGAGAGAUGAGAAGGCAACAAUUUUUUGAAAAUUUACAAAAAUCUGAAGAUGCUGCCAAAGAAUUCGAAGAAAGAGUUAGUAGAAAUAAGGAACAACUAGAGAAAGCGGCCGCUAAGAAGAGAGUAAAGCGCUUAAGAGUUAAAGCUAGAAAGCAACAAAAAGCAAUUAUUAAGUGCAAUUCGUCUUUCACUGUUCAAGUUGCCGACGGGCAAAAACCUGUUAAACCUUCAGAAAAAGAAAACAACAGUUAGCUAUCUUUAUAGUCGUCCAGUUGCACAACGUUACCUCAUACCGCUCGUUAAAAUAUCUGCUUUAAUGAGCCUUCAUAGGUUUUAUAUGCCUUUUUUAU